CGACACUAGCAGAUGUUUGACUAAAACCCCGAAAUCAAGUGUCUCUAUCAUCCCAUUAAACACGUCAACGGUACAGAUCCAUUCAAUCACUGCCGUAACCGCAGGCAAUACUAUUAUACAUCUCUCAUAAUUAAUCUCCGAGUUAGAGGCAGGCAGGCAGCGAGUGAGGGAGUGAGAGAUAUAAUAAAUCUCAAUCACUUAUUAAUCUCCAUUAAAGCGGCAAAACCUCGCCUGCAAAACCACUGAGAAUGGCCAGCAAUCGAACCGCACGCACUGGAGCAAGGGUGCCCCGACGGUUUGGUUUCACCAUGAAGAUACUGGCCUUCGGCAUUAGUCUCGUCGUCUUUAUUUUCUUAAGUCUCUCUUUUGCCUUCACUUUCCACUCAGAUUCUUACGAUCUCCAACCCUCGGGUACGUACAGAAUUGCAUCCUUAGGGAGAUCCCUUUUGGGGCAAAAAUCGGAUCCACUGAAGCCCCGGUUGGAUCAGAUCCGAAAGCAAGCGGAUGAUCACCGAGCAUUGGCUAUGGCGUACGCAUCGUAUGCACGGAAGCUGAAGCUGGAGAACUCGAAAUUGGUUAGAAACUUUGCCGAUCUUUCUAGGAACUUUACGGAUCUCAUCAAUAAACCAUCUUAUCGGGCUCUCACAGAGUCUGACUCCCUCCAAAUUGAUGAAUCCAUUCUACGGCAGUUUGAAAAGGAAGUGAAAGAAAGAAUCAAAUUUACUCGCCAAAUAAUAGCAGAAGCAAAAGAGUCGUUUGAUAACCAGUUGAAGAUUCAGAAACUAAAAGACACUAUUUUUGCAGUGAAUGAACAGUUAACAAAGGCCAAAAAGCAAGGAGCUUUUUCGAGUUUGAUAGCUGCGAAAUCGAUACCUAAGAGUUUGCAUUGUCUGGCCAUGAGAUUGAUGGAGGAGCGAAUUGCACAUCCUGAGAAAUACAAUGAGGAAGGGAAGGCAAAGCCCCCAGAAUUUGAAGACCCUAAGCUUUACCAUUAUGCUAUAUUUUCAGAUAAUGUGCUUGCAGCUUCUGUCGUGGUGAAUUCCGCUGUUAAGAACUCCAAAGAGCCAUCAAAACAUGUGUUUCAUGUAGUGACUGAUAAGAUGAAUCUUGGGGCGAUGCAGGUUAUGUUUAAAUUGAAGGAUUAUAAUGGGGCCCAUAUAGAGGUUAAGGCAGUUGAAGAUUAUAAGUUUUUGAAUUCAUCCUAUGUGCCUGUUUUGAGGCAGUUGGAGUCUGCUAAUUUGCAGAGGUUUUACUUCGAGAACAAGCUUGAGAAUGCAACAAAAGAUACGACAAAUAUGAAGUUUAGAAAUCCCAAGUACUUGUCGAUAUUGAAUCAUUUGAGGUUUUAUUUGCCUGAGAUGUACCCGAAAUUGCAUAGGAUUUUGUUCUUGGAUGAUGAUAUUGUUGUUCAAAGGGACUUAACAGGGUUGUGGAAGAUAGAUAUGGAUGGGAAAGUGAAUGGGGCAGUUGAGACUUGUUUUGGGUCGUUUCAUAGGUAUGCUCAGUACAUGAAUUUCUCACAUCCUUUGAUCAAGGAGAAGUUUAAUCCAAAGGCAUGUGCAUGGGCUUAUGGGAUGAAUUUCUUUGAUUUGGAUGCUUGGAGAAGAGAGAAGUGUACAGAAGAAUAUCAUUACUGGCAGAAUCUGAAUGAGAACCGAACCUUGUGGAAAUUAGGGACAUUACCUCCAGGUUUAAUCACAUUUUACUCUACCACGAAGCCACUUGACAAAUCAUGGCAUGUUCUGGGGCUUGGCUAUAAUCCUAGCAUUGGUAUGGAUGAGAUUAGAAAUGCUGCAGUGGUACACUUCAACGGCAACAUGAAGCCUUGGCUUGACAUUGCCAUGAAUCAGUUCAAGCCUCUUUGGACUAAGUAUGUUGAUUAUGAUCUUGAAUUUGUUCAAGCCUGUAAUUUUGGUGCCUGAAUAAUCUGUGUCAUACUCAAGUCUUAUAUGACAUCACUUGUAGGAUUUUGCUUCUAUUUGUCCAUACGAGUCUUGCAGCUGCAAUUAAAAUUAUUUGGCAAAUGUUAAAAAGUAUUUAGAACUAUAUGCGAUUUUGCAAUUAAAGUUUUUAGUUGUUUCAUCUCAA